GUAUAUAACCGAUAUUUAUACAAUAACAAAUAUUGAGGUUUACAAAAAGCAACAAUGCACUUGCAAUAAACAAAACAAAAGGUAACAAGAAAAUGUUAGAAGUCAAGCGAGAAGAAAAAGAGAAGUGUGGAAGCAGUGUAAAAAAAUCAAAAAAAAACCCAAGAAAGACUGAUGUACGAUUAAGAAAGGGGCAUUUAUUGCUAAAGUCGUUGUUUUAUAUUGGUAUAUUUAAAAAAUUUCGAGAAUAAAUGAACAAAAGAGAUUAAUUAGAUCGAAUUUCGGAUAUUACCAAAGUUGUAGAUUUGUUGUAGCAGCUAUUGAACACAGAAAGUGAAAACUAAUUAUAAGGGCAUAACGGAGGAUACACAGAAGAAUAUAUAAAGGAAGCAAAUCAGCUGUAAAGGAGCAAGUCUAUUGUAUUUUGAUUUAUUGUUACUGGCUGUGAUAAUUUACUAAACACUGGAAAUUAAAAAUUGUAUUUAUAAAGUUCAUUUAAAAAUAGUUUAACACUUCUUGUAUAUUACGGAAUUUUAAGCCUUUGCUCAUAACGGAGAGUGAAGAGAUAGCUGUUUACUGUUAUCGUGUUGGAUACAAGUUCAUUAUAUUUUGAAGCUAAUUGUAUUCAAAAUGCAAUGGAUAACUCACUUAGAUGGGGGGCCACGUCGAGUGAAUCAUGCAGGUGCUUGUGUUGGUGAUAGGAUUUACUCCUUUGGCGGUUACUGCACUGGAGAUGAUUAUCGGUUAAACGAAUGUAUAGAUGUUCAUGCGCUAAACACCAAUACGUUGCGCUGGUCGCUCGUGCCUCAAAUGCGUGACGAAAAUGGUUUGCCGUUAAAGUAUCCUGAAGUGCCAUUUCAACGAUAUGGUCACACAGCUGUUUCAUACGGAGAAAAAAUAUUUAUGUGGGGCGGUCGUAACGAUGAUCAAUUAUGCAAUAUUCUAUAUUGCUUUGAUCCGCAAACUAUAAGUUGGUCUCGCCCUGAUGUAAAAGGUGCUAUACCAGGCGCACGUGAUGGUCAUUCAGCAUGUGUAAUCGGCGAUUGCAUGUAUAUCUUUGGAGGAUUUGUUGAAGAGAUAAAUGAAUUUUCAUGCGAUGUACAUUGCCUUGAUUUUCGGACAAUGGAGUGGCGAUAUAUACAAACAUUCGGUGCACCACCAUCAUUUCGAGAUUUUCACUCCGCAGCCUCUAUAUAUGGCAGGAUGUAUAUUUUUGGGGGCCGUGGCGAUAAGCACAGUCCGUAUCAUAGUCAAGAGGAAAUGUACUGCCCAGAGAUAGUGUUUCUAGAUAUGAAAACUAAAAUGUGGCAUAGACCGUCCACCACUGGCAAAGUGCCGGUGGGUAGGCGAAGUCAUUCUAUGUUUAUCUACAAUGGCCUUAUCCAUAUAUUUGGUGGCUAUAACGGUAUUUUGGAACAGCAUUUUAAUGAUUUUUACACAUUUGAUCCAAAAUCCAAUUGUUGGAAUCUUAUAAAACCUUUUGGACAACCACCAACUGCGCGACGACGACAAGUUUGUAUAGUGAAAGAUAAACGAAUGUUUCUUUUCGGUGGCACAAGUCCCCAUCCUCAUGACAGCCUAUUAAUAGACAAUAACGACACACAUCUUUUAGACUUUGAGCCUACUCUACGUACAUUGGCAAUUUUAGCUGUAAUAAAUCAUCGUUUAGAUACGACGUGGUUGCCUAAAAAGCUUAAGGAAGAAAUACGCUUAAUGACACAGCCCAACUCGUUAACACGGCCACUUAACCAUGCUGGUUAGCUGAAAAUGCAAUAAGUAAUAUUCCUGACUUUAAAUACAAUACUGUCCUAGAAACCAAACGUGCAAAUUCUCAUCUACCUACAUACCUAUACAGCACCAGCAUACUAGAAUCAAUAGAAAACUAAAAUAAUGGAGAGAGAAGAAAAGCAGCAUUUUAUAAAGUAAAGAACAUAAAAAGUAGCUUAGCUAUAUAUUAUAUGUGUCAUUCGCACUGUUCCGCAUUUAUUUUUGUUAUGCACAAAUUUUCAUUUUUUCGUUAAUUAUUGUUUUUUGCACAACGCUCAUCUAAAAUUUAACAAAGCAUACAAUGGAAUGUUUAGUUUUGUAGUGUUUUUUUUUCUAUGCUUAUCAUCAAGUUUACCGAUUUAUAAAUGUUACUAGCCUUUUUCUUAAUUGCCCAGUGCUUAUGUAUGAGUCACAUAUUUGCGUAUUGACUUCGUUUAAUAGUGUAUGUAGAUAUUAUCCUCAUACAAUAUAACUGAAGAAUGAAAAGGAAAUCAAAAUACUUUACAAUGACAAACAGAAUACGUAAAAAAUACCUACAAGUAAAAACAGUAAUUUAAUUAAAAUGUUUAUAAGGCAGUAAUAUGUAUCAUAUACAUUUGGAAAAUAAAUAUGUAACAAUUAUUAAAAUAAACAACAGUAAGGAUUGAUUACUAUAUUUAACAUAAUAAUUUAAUAUUACUAUUAUAAACGCUUUUUUCCCGUUAGAUCUACAUCAAUCAAACGACUCAUAUUUAUAUAUGUAUUCUUCAAUUAUUUCCAUAUUUCGCCACUAAGCGCUUAUUCUUACAACGAAUCAUUUAAUAUUGACGAUCAAUGACGUCAAUAAUGCCAUUGAACCCAUAACACAGGUAUCUUUAGCAGUACGAAGCAGAUGCAUGUUACUGUGGCUAAUAUUAAAAAUAAUAUAAUAUUAUUUUUUUAUUUAUUCAUCCAUAACGUACCGUAAAUACUAUACUUACGUGCUUCUUAUUUGAUUCAUUGUGAAUUGACCUCUUACUGCCCAGUUAUUUUUCUGAUUUUAUAAUGAGAGUGAAGUUAAUAAAAAAUAAACCGAGAAGUAUUGAUAAA